AUGAAACAAGAUGAUGAGGAAGGGUGUGAACCUGACAGUGUGCAUCCAAUCUUUACCAAGGAUCCAGGAGAUUGGUUAGCCUUUGUGAAUAACCAAGUUGAGGUAACCACAGAAGAUGAUCUGAAGCAUAGUGGCUAUGUAUACACAGUGGAUCCGGUCUCUGAGAGUAUUGUGCUCCUCAACAAGUUCUCUGCAGAAAACCCAACUAAUGUUUCUGUAAAGUUGCUGAUGGGCCCCUCCAUAAAAAAUGUGGAGAUUGUGGCCCAAGGUUCCAGUCUGGACAGUCAGUUUUUUGAGAAGCUGUUUCGACCAGCCAGGGGUGAUACACUGACUGAAAAGGAAAUACAGUCUAAAUUCAUACGUCUUCAGUCCUGGUUAGAGCAGAAUCGCAUUCCAGUAUCAGUGUCUAGAGACGUCAUCACCGUGGCUGAUGCUCUCACUAUUCACCCACCUUAUACUCCAGAGAGUUGCCUAGGCACUAAUGAAAUUAUUCUUGCCCGUAUUCAAGAGUUGAUAAAAAAUAUGCCUUGAAUUAAUGAAUAGUCAUUUUUGUUUCUUGACCAUUUAUUUGUAUUCAUAAACUUUUAAAUUUCACUUGCUAUGAAAUGUUUAAAGAAAUUUAUGUUGUAGCUGUACAGUUAUUUCAGUUACCAUGUAUCAUAGGCAAGUUAUACAUUCUGACAUAAAAAUGAAAUAGUUUACACUUAAUGAUCUGUUUUUUUUUUUUUAAGAAAUGCUAUAAAUAUUGAAAUAUUAAUUAUUAAUUCAACUACAAUGUGUUAUAAAUUUCUUUCGUGUGGUUUGAAAUGAUCUGUUAAAUUAUGGACAUUUAUCAUUCCUUGCAUUGAAAAAAAAAAGUCCAUGAAAUUUAGUUAAGUUGAUCAAAAUUAAAGUGGAAAAAAAAAAGGGAGAUAACCUGCUGCAUUAUAUUGCUUAAAUGCUUAUUUGUUAGUUUUUAAGUAAAAGACAUGAUUUCCUUCCCUUUUGUCCCCCAACUGCUCUCUCCUCUCCAUUAAUGAUAUAUAAUCUUGUUUGUGUUAACCACACAAAUACUGGUACUUACAUUUGCCUUAGGAAAAGUAUAUCAUUCAAUUCUUUUAGAUGUAUUAAAAGUACUUCAGCAUUGUUUGAA